UGCUCACGACUCGGAAAAAGUGCACUUUCGCGACAACAUCAUUUGAUACGCACAACCGCCAAAAUGCCAGACAACCGAGUCAAAUACCGAAGGCGCAUGCCUUACAACACCCGUUCGAACAAAACCCGCACCAUCAAGACCCCUGGUGGUGAACUACGCACUCUUCACAUCAAGAAGCGAGGAACAGCCCCAAAAUGUGGUGACUGUGGAAUUAAGCUUCCAGGUAUCCCUGCUCUCCGCCCCCGUAAAUAUGCCACUAUCUCCAAGCCAAAGAAGACUGUCUCUCGCGCUUAUGGAGGCUCGAGAUGCGCCAACUGCGUCAAGGACCGUGUCGUUCGUGCUUUCCUGAUUGAGGAGCAGAAGAUCGUCAAGAAGGUGCUCAAGGAGAGCCAGCAGAAGAAGCGAUGAAUAGGUUGAUGACGAAUGACGGUGUGACAUGAUGGUAGUCCUAAGGGCCGCGCGUUGUCUCUGUGUGUCAUGGAAUACAAAAUGGCAAAGGUCAAGAAGCUAAAGCAUCAUGAACCUACGGGUUCGUCGGCGUGAUCUUACGGGUAUUGAGCUUCGAGUACAUUACAUAGCAGCUUCAAUGGAAUACUAGCUGCAAAACGAAUUUUUCCACGUUCCCUAUGCAUCGCUAUUGUGUCAUAGUCCUGUUCUCCUAUGGUAAACCGUAAUUGUUGAUGUCUUCAGCCUACUGCAGUUUGAUAGUGAACUGAACCAUUUUAAGUGAAC